GUGAUGAACACAAUCUGAACUCUUUAGGUAAGGUACCUUACUGAUUUUCAAAACGGAUGCUGAGUUCCUGACGAAAAUUCAAAUUCCAUACCGCCACUCUCUCUCUCUCUUUUCACAUGCAACAAGGAAACCCACCGAUGUCAACCCCCGCAAUACCAAACCUACUUUCUCUGCGGAGCGGGUCGGGUGGAAGAGGCCGGGGCCGGGGCGGUCCAGGCAGGAGGGGCAUCUCGACCUCGGGGGGCGGUCCGAGUCAAGAUGCCACCAUUCAGGGCACCGAUACCGACGCUGCUGUGUCUCGCCUAAGUGCCGUCGAGCUGGGCUAUCUAUCUGAUCCUUUCGCACGGCUCUUCGUGCAGGGACCGCCAACCCGGCGUCUCCCCAUCAUCAACCGGGGCACUUACACACGCACCACGGCCAUCGACACGCUCGUAGACCGCUUUCUCGCCACCACCAGCCCAGACGAGCUAAGGCAAGUUGUCUCUCUCGGCGCUGGCACCGACACCCGCUGUCUGCGCCUCUUUACCUAUCCCAACUCCCACCGCAACGUUGCCUAUCACGAGAUCGACUUCCCGAGUAUCAUGGCCCGCAAACAGGCCAUCAUCAGCGCCACGCCCUCACUCGGGACCAUCCUCUCCGCCCCGGAACCCAUCACCACCACCACAACCCCAGCAAUAGCACCACAACAUCCAACAACCUGGCAAUGCCACUCCCUCAGCGACAGCACUCUAACCCUCACCCUUCACGGCCUAGACCUGCGCAGCCUGACCCCCAAAUCCGCCCUUCUCCCCAACCUCCGUCCCAACACACCCACCUUACUCUUAUCCGAAUGCUGCCUCUGCUACCUCCCGCCCCAAGACACCACCGCCCUGCUCUCCUUCUUCACCUCCCACUUCCCCAGCCUAGGGGUUGUCAUCUACGAACCGAUCCUGCCGCACGACGCCUUCGGCAAGACGAUGACGUCCAACCUUGCCUCAAGGGGUAUUGCCAUGCCGACGUUGGAGGCAUACCCCACGCCGGCGGAUCAGGAGAAGAGGUUGAGAGAGGCCGGGUUCGACAAGGGCGUGAGGACGCGGACGGUGGAUCAGAUUUGGGAGGAUGCCAGAUGGGUUAGCGAGCGGGAGAGGGAGAGGGUGGAUUCGCUAGAGGGAGGGCUGGACGAGGUGGAGGAAUGGCGGCUGUUGGCAGGGCAUUACAUCGUUGUGUGGGGAUGGCGGGGGGAGAAGGGGGAUCUGGAUGUUGGGGAGGGAAGAGGAGGA